AUGGCGGCCAAGCUGACCCAGGAGCAGGCGGACGAGUGCAAGGAGGUGUUCGACCUGUUCGACGGCGACGAGGACGGCCGCAUCGCCGCCGGCGAGCUGGUCACGGCGCUCCGCUCGCUGGGCCAGAACGUGGACGAGGCCGAGGCGCGGGGCUUCCUCGAGGACGCCGGCGCGGGCGGCGCCGGCGCCGUCGCCAUCGACCUCCCCACGUUCCUGGCCGUGGCCGCGCGCAAGGCCAACGCCGGCGUAUCGGCCAAGGGACUGGCCCAGUGCCUCGACGCGUUCGACGACGACGGGAGCGGCGUCAUCCCCGCGGAGCAGCUGCGGCAGGUGAUGCUCACCCACGGCGACCGGCUCACGGAGGAGGAGGCCGACGAGCUGGUCCGCAAGGCCGACCCCCGCGGCGAGGGCCGCGUCCAGUGCAAGGAGCUCGUCAAGGUGCUCAUGAACAACAAGUGA